AUGGCGCCAGGCAUCAUCAGCGUCGACACCAUCCCCGACACUCCAUCGGGAUGUGCAAAUGACGGGGCCAUUCUCAGUGCGAAGACGACCCAGAGUCCACCAUCACUGCAUUUGAAGGAGAUAUACCCCGCCACGAGCAACGGCAACAGCCAUAGCAACGGCGCUAUCGACACCGGCAGCGAAGACCACGCCCGUUCCCUCGACGCAGCAGACCCGCUACGCGAUUUCCGCGCCAAAUUCAUCAUCCCGACGCGGGCGUCGUUGAAGGGGCGGGCCUUCCCCCUUCCUGACCCCUUGUCGUCCCUCGAACACACCACAACUUCCUCCCACGGCCAGAGCAGCACCGACCAAGCCAUCUACUUCUGCGGCAACUCGCUAGGCGUGCAGCCGAGGCGUACGGCUCAAUACAUCCAAGCCCAGCUCGACACGUGGGCGGCCCUCGGCGUGGGCGGACACUUUACCGAAGUCGCGCACUCGCCACUGAGCCCCUGGCAGGCCAUGGCCGACGUGGCGGCCGAGCAGUCAUGUCGGCUUGUGGGCGCGCUGCCGGGAGAAGUGGCCGUCGCAAACACCCUCACUGUGAAUCUGCAUUUGCUGAUGGCGUCGUUCUACCGGCCCACGGCACGGCGCAACAAGAUCCUGUUGGAGUGGAAGGCCUUUCCGAGCGAUCAUUAUGCGAUCGAAUCCCAAAUCUUGUGGCACGGCUAUGACCCGAAAGACGCCAUGAUUCUGGUCGAGCCGGAUCAAGACCAUAUCAUUUCGACCGAGAAGUUGAUCUCCAUUAUUGACACGCAUGCCGAGGAGAUUGCCCUGAUUCUGCUCCCCGGCGUGCAGUAUUACAGCGGGCAGUUCCUCGACGUGGCGCGCAUCACGGCGCAUGCCCACUCCCGGGGCCUAGUCAUCGGCUGGGAUUUGGCGCAUGCGGCGGGGAAUGUGCCUCUCCAGCUGCAUGAUUGGAACGUCGACUUCGCCGCUUGGUGCACAUACAAAUACAUGAACGCCGGGCCCGGGUCGAUUGCCGGGCUGUUCGUGCACGAGAGGCAUGGGAAGGUCGAGUACGCGAAUGGCUCGGGUGAGCCCGUGUUUCGCCAUCGCCUGACCGGGUGGUAUGGAGGGGACAGAGCGUCCCGGUUUCAAAUGGACAACAAGUUUCGACCCAUCCCGGGAGCUGGAGGCUUCCAGGUCUCCAAUCCAUCGGCGAUUGAUCUGACGGCCUUGUGCGCUUCGUUGUCGGUCUUCGGGGAGACCUCGAUUCAAGAGCUGCGGCAGAAGUCAUUGAAGUUGACCGCUUACCUGCAACAUCUGCUGUUGAAGGAUACCUCGACCAGUGACCGAGAUCGGCCUUUCCGUAUCCUCACCCCGCUUGACCCUUCUCAGCGAGGAGCUCAACUCAGCUUGCUGCUCAAGCCGGGCUUACUGGAGAGAGUGGCCGCCAAGUUGGAGGACGCAGGGAUCGUGGUGGACCAGAGAAAGCCGGACGUCAUUCGCGUUGCGCCUGUGCCGCUGUACAAUUCGUACCAUGAUGUGUGGGCGUUUGCGCGAGUGUUCAAGGAGGCUGUGGGAGUAGAAUGUAGAUAG